AUGGCUUCGGCUGCUGCUGCUGACCGGGUGUCCGGCGACAUCGCGCCGGCGCCGUCGUCUCUACCCUCACCAUCUCCCUCGCCCGAGAUCUCCCCUGCCAGCCCGACCUCAUCGACGGGCCAGAUCCCGCUCGAACAACCGCCCAAGCUGAAGGGUCGCCAAAAGCUGCUACAGAAUCUCCAGCGCAUGUCGUCCAGCCCGACGCUGACCCGGCGGGGUCGGUCUGCGUCAACGACGGGCUAUCGGCGCGAUCACAAGGCUUCGCUGUCGUGCGUCUCGUUGUCAUCUCAGUACUCGCCCUGUCUGCCGAACGGCAGUUCCUCGCAGCUGUAUGGCGGGUUGAACCCUCGUCCUGCGACACCGGGCUGUUCGGGAUCGGCCGGUAUGGGAACGGCGGAUGGUCUGAACCCGCGGAUCCGGCUCGUGGGCACCGAUUCGCCUGCUUCGGGACAGCCGCGCUCGGUGCCGAUGCCCUUUGAUUUGAGGCCGACAUCGCGGGAGGCUCCGUGGACGGAGAAUACGACUGAGGAGGGGGAGGCUUCUACUUCUGCGACGCUCCCAGACUCGCAGCCGGCCAAGCGGCUUGAUUUCUGGGGGGAUAUGCCGCGCGAGCUGAAGAUGGAGAUCUUUCGGUAUCUCGCGCCAAGGGAGAUUGUGCGCUGUUCUGCGGUGUCGAAGUUGUGGAAUGAGAUGUGCUACGAUGGUCAGCUGUGGUCCAAGGUUGACACGACGGAGUACUACCAGAAGAUCCCGAGUGAUGUUCUGGUCAAGCUGAUUACCUCUGGUGGACCGUUUGUGCGAGAUCUCAAUCUGAGAGGAUGCAUCCAGCUGCGAGAGAAGUGGUCCUCGGAUGGGGAGCGACUUUCGGAUCUGUGUCGGAAUCUGGUUAACUUUUCGCUGGAGGGCUGUCGCAUCGAUAAGACGUCUAUCCACUACUUCCUGCUGCGGAAUCCUCGCCUGGCGUGCAUCAACGUGUCGGGUCUGUCCAGCGUGACGAACUCGGCUAUGCGGAUCAUUGCGCAGUCAUGCCCGCAGCUGGAGAGGCUGAAUGUCUCCUGGUGCAACAAUGUUACCACCAAAGGUCUUCGACGGGUCAUCCAGGAUUGUGAGCUGUUGACGGAUCUUCGGGCCAGCGAGAUUCAGGGCUUCGACGAUGAAGAGUUCGCCGUAGAGCUAUUUGAACGCAAUACACUCGAGCGGCUCAUCAUGAGCCGCACCGAUCUCAACGACCAGUUCCUCAAGGCACUCAUUCAGGGCGUCAACCCGGCCAUGGACGUACUGACCGACCAGCCCAUCGUCCCACCUCGACGAUUCCGACAUUUGGAUAUGCACCAGUGCUCCGACCUAACGGACGACGGGCUGAAGAGUCUCGCCCACAACGUCCCCGAUCUCGAAGGGCUGCAAGUAUCCCAGUGCUCCGAGCUGACAGACGCCUCGAUCAUGGACGUGAUCCGCACGACGCCCAAACUGUCUCACAUUGAACUAGAAGACCUCGAGCACCUCACCAACAGCACGCUCAUCGAGCUCGCCAAAUCCCCCUGCCGCGAGACCCUCGAGCACCUCAACAUCAGCUAUUGCGAAGCCCUCGGCGACUCGGGCAUGCUGCAGGUGAUGAAGAACUGCCCGCGCAUCCGCUCCGUCGAAAUGGACAACACCCGCGUCUCGGACCUCACGCUCAUGGAAGCGAGCUUCCGCAUCCGCCGCCGCGGCUACGGCGAAGCCAUCCCGCAAGUCGGCAUGCGGCUCGUGGUCUUCGACUGCGCAAACGUCACCUGGGCUGGCGUGAAAGAAGUCCUCUCAAGCAACGCAUACAUCCCCCGGACGCGCAAACCCGUGGCUUCUCCAACAAUCGUCACCGUCACCCAAACCUCCCCAGACUCCAGAUCCGCAUCCCCCAUGACAACAACGACGACAUUCGUCACGCCAUCUUCCACGCCAUCGCUCUCGCCAUCACCCUCGCCAGACCCAACACCAACAUACCCGGCGGAGAUCAUCCAGCUGAAAUGUUUCUACGGGUGGCAGAUGACUGUGGACGAGCACACGAAACGUGUUCUGCGCGGCGACCUCUCGUCCGCGAGGCGGCUGGACCGCAAAUGGGCUGAUUAUAUGAUGGCUACUGAGGAGGCGGGCGCGGCGGGAGCGGGCGCGAGACGGAGGAGACGUCGCGCGAGAGAGGCCGAGAGGCUUUAUAAUGCUGAUGAAGAUGAGGCAGAGGAUGCUUAUGGCUUGGGGGGCAUUUCGGCGCUGACUGGGAGGAGGAGGGCGCAGAGUGGGGGUUGCAUUGUUAUGUGA